AGAGAGACAUUUCUGAUCUCGUUUUCUUUUAAUAUUUGUUUCCAAAUAGAAAAAGGUAUCUGUUGUGCGAGCAGCAGGAGUUACGAUGACGCAAGGUAAACACGGGGUAAAGUGCCACGGAAAACAUCACGAUCAACUACAAAACAAUCGGUGGAGCGCAGAAUUCUCUAGAUACUUAAGUUCAGAAAGUAGAUUGCGGUGCUUAUCGGUUCGAGAGCCAGCGGUCAAAAUGAAUCGCGUAUCCACACAGAAGAAGGAGGGCAAAAUGAGGAUCCGUGCCUUUCCGAUGACGAUGGACGAGAAGUACGUCGAGUCGAUAUGGUCUCUGCUGAAGAACGCCAUCCAGGAGAUCCAGAAGAAGAACAACUCCGGGCUGUCGUUCGAGGAGCUGUAUCGUAAUGCGUACACAAUGGUCCUGCAUAAGCACGGCGAGCGGCUGUACAGCGGACUGAAGGAGGUCGUGACGCAUCACCUGGAAACGAAGGUGCGCGAGGAGGUGCUGCGCAGCUUCAACUGCAACUUCUUGCAGACACUGAACCAGUGCUGGAAUGACCACCAGACGUCGAUGGUGAUGAUUCGCGACAUCCUGAUGUACAUGGAUCGCGUCUACGUGCAGCAGAACGACGUCGAUAACGUGUACAAUCUUGGGCUAAACAUUUUCCGGGAUCAGGUCGUGCGUUAUCCUCGCAUCCGAGACCACAUGCGCGAAACACUGCUCAACAUGGUGAUGUGCGAGCGGAAGGGAGAAGCGAUCGACCACAUCGCGAUCAAGAACGCGUGCCAGAUGCUGAUGGUGCUCGGUAUCAACCAGCGCUGGGUGUACGAGGAGGACUUCGAGCGCCCGUUCCUGACCCAGUCGGCCGCGUUCUACAAGCUCGAGUCGCAGAAGUUCCUCGGCGAGAACAGUGCAAGCGUGUACAUCCGGCGGGUGGAGGCGCGCAUCACCGAGGAGGCCGAGCGGGCCAAGCUGUACCUGGACGAGAGCACCGAGAGCCGCAUCGUGGAGGUGGUGGAGGACGAGCUGAUCAAGAAGCACAUGCGCACGAUCGUCGAGAUGGAGAACUCGGGCGUGGUGUACAUGCUGCAGAACACCAAGACCGAGGAUCUGGCCUGCAUGCACAAGCUGUUCUCGCGCGUCAGCGGCGGCCUGAAGACGAUCGCCGACUGCGUGUCGCAGAACCUUCGCUCGCUCGGCCGCGAUCUGGUGAAGGAGGAGGAAAAUGGUAGCACCAACCCGAUCACGUUCGUGCAGAACCUGCUAGACCUGAAGGACCGCUCCGAUCACUUCCUGAUUCACUCGUUCAACAACGACAAAACAUUCAAGAACAUGAUAUCGUCCGACUUUGAGCAUUUCCUCAACCUCAACAGCAAGUCGCCCGAGUACUUGUCGCUGUUCAUCGACGACAAGCUGAAGAAGGGCUGCAAGGGGAUGUCGGAGCAGGAGAUUGAGACCAUUCUGGACAAAACGAUGGUCCUAUUCAGAUACUUGCAAGAAAAGGACGUGUUCGAACGCUACUACAAGGCCCAUCUGGCCAAGCGUCUGCUAUUGAACAAGUCGGUCAGCGAUGAUUCCGAAAAGAACAUGAUAUCAAAAUUAAAGACUGAAUGCGGUUGUCAAUUUACCUCAAAAUUGGAAGGGAUGUUCAAAGAUAUGUCCGUCUCGAAUACGGUGAUGGAAGAGUUUAAGAAUCACAUCAACAACGACAACUCGGCACUGGAGGGUGUCGAGUUGACGGUUCGGAUUCUUACCACCGGUUUCUGGCCGACACAGUCCGUGACACCGAACUGUAACAUCCCGCUAGCACCACGGAAAGCCUUCGAAACGUUCAAGCGUUUCUAUCUGGCGAAACACUCCGGGCGGCAAUUAACCCUGCAGCCACAACUCGGCACGGUCUAUAUGAAUGCUGAAUUCUACGGCGUGAAGGCGGAAAAGGAGAAGGGCGAAGGAAACUGCAGUAGCACAGCGCCAUCUUCCGGCACUAGCAGUGCCCCGACUGGUUCAUCGGCCACGCAGGACGCUCCGAAGCGACACGUGCUUCAGCUUUCCACCUAUCAGAUGUGCGUCCUAAUGCUGUUCAACAACCGCGAGCGGAUGACGUACGAGGACAUCCAGCAGGAAACGGACAUCCCCAGCAAAGAUCUGAUCCGCGCACUCCAGUCGCUGUCGAUGGGCAAACAGCAGCAGCGGCUUCUCGUUCGGACGCCGAAAACGUCCAAGGACAUCGUAUCGACCGACGAGUUCUACGUGAACGAUGCAUUCGUGUCCAAGUUCCACAAGGUGAAAAUUCAAACGGUCGCCGCCAAGGGUGAAUCAGAGCCCGAGCGUAAGGAAACUCGAAGCAAGGUGGACGAAGAUCGCAAACACGAAAUAGAAGCGGCAAUUGUGCGCAUUAUGAAAGCUCGGAAGAGAAUGCCACACAACCUGCUCGUGUCGGAUGUGACUACGCAGCUGAAAAGCCGAUUCCUGCCGUCGCCGGUGAUCAUCAAGAAGAGAAUAGAGGGCUUAAUCGAGCGGGAAUAUCUUGCCCGUACGCCCGAGGAUAGGAAAAUCUAUGUGUAUCUAGCUUAAACAACCAGGGGAUCGUCGUGUGAGCAACAAGAGAUCAUGUUGUAAUGGGACAGAUUAUAGAUAUAUUCAUAGAGAGAUAUAUUUCGCAGCAGUACUAACGAUAAUAAGCACGCAUGGAAACGCAUAUUGGUUACAAUCUCAUGCCAAACCCCCCCGUCCGAUGACAACGGAAGGGACGUGUCGUGGACGGGACAGCAUAUUUUUUGUGCCGCCUACCUGUACCGGUGUGUUUUUCUUUCACCUGGCUAAGGAUUAGGCUAACAAGGCAUGCAUUGGGACACCCAAAUGGAAACAAAUCUAAAUUUUCUGGACAUGAAAGAGCACUGGUCUUUAAUUGUCUCUCAAGAAAAUUUAUGGACACGCAUGUAGAAGGGCGAUUUGCUGAAUUCGGUGGAUGAUAGUACGUACGGUAAUAAGAACAAGUGAUGUUCUGGUAGGUUAUCUUUUGGGCCAGGAAGGGAAUGCAUUGAAAGAGAAAGCUUCUAAUACGAUUUGCUGUACAUGCUGGCCGUUUUCAUUAUCCUCUGUAAAAUUAUCCAGCAAAAAGUGAAAAACUAAGAUGAUUGACACGAUUUUCCGUAAGUGUUCAACAUAUACUCUGGGAGGCGGAUGGGAGCCGUGCUCUCUCGUCAGAUUGCCCCCUUCAUUUUUGUAGUUAUCUUCCUUGUUAAAGCGGAACAAGAUGUGUGUGUGUUUUUUUAAAAAUCGUUUAUUGUACCGCAAUUAUAAGUUGCUUUGGCAAGAAUGAAAGCGGGGAUUCAUGAACUCAGCUGGAAUAAUGUGAACAAUGAAACAUUGCCCACAAGAUAUCAAUAUGAAACGGAAACUAUGCGUAACUUGCUCCUCCGAGUUGAAUUUGUCAAAGCUCAUAAUAAAACAAACAAACAAACAGACAAACGGUGUGGCCCAUACACACCCCAGCAUUGCGUGUUGAAGGGUACAACUACAGCAAAGUGUGAUCGUA